CACACACACACUUCCUCAGGUGUCAGAUUUGUGGCUGCUGGCCAUGAAGAGGUUGGGUGAAGACAGCCCAUCAGACACUGAGUCUGAUGGGACCAUAGACGUGGGCAAAGAGGAAUACAGCCAGAUCGCCGAGGCUCACUCCCCCACCACCACGUCACAGAUGCAAGCCAGGAAGAAAAGGAGAGGGAUCAUUGAGAAAAGGCGGCGGGAUCGCAUCAACAGCAGCUUGUCUGAGCUUCGUCGUCUGGUCCCUACGGCCUUUGAGAAGCAGGGCUCCUCCAAGCUGGAGAAAGCAGAAAUCCUACAGAUGACAGUGGACCAUCUGAAAAUGCUCCGUGCCACCGGAGGGUCUGGACUCUUCGAUGCCCGUGCCUUGGCAGUGGACUAUAGAAGCAUUGGCUUUCGAGAGUGCCUCACUGAGGUUGGAAGAUAUCUGGGGAUCCUGGAGGGCCAGAGCAGCACGGAGCCCAUCCGGCUCCGCCUCCUCUCUCAUCUGCACAACUAUAUUGCUGAGAUGGUGCCCUCACCAGGGGCUGCCACCUUCCUGCCUUGCCCAGCUUGGCCCUGGGCGUUCCCCCAUGGCUCCUCAGCAGCCUCGAGCCAGCUCCCAGUCCCCCAGCAAGGGCCCAGCCCAGGUCUAGCACUCGUGACUGCCUCCUCUCUGGCAUACUCCAUCCCUAUGCUCCGAACCGCUCCUCUCCACCGAAUUUCUGGUGCCAUCCUGCCGGCCCGGAAGAGCUUUCUGAGCCAUCGGGUGCCAGCAUCCCCACAUAGGGCUCGCCCUGCAGGAAGGCCAGCUAGCCCAGCCUCUAUCCCUGUAGGUGGUACAGCGUCCAGAAACAGCCACAUUGCUGCAGUCUUGCUCUCCUCAUCCUGCUCCCCCUCCACCGGAGUCCCAAUCCCUCCUGCCUACACAUCACCCCCUGCUCUGAGCCCAUCUGCUCAGGGGCCAACGGGCAGGGUUGGCACUGCCAGACUCUGCCGCUCCUGGACUACCGAAGUCGGGGCUUUCUGAGGUGAUUUCCCUGCCAGAUGUCAGAGAACACACACAGCGUCCUGGGGACCAUGACCCCAGCCAACCUGACUCUUCCCAUUUGUGUCCCGGGUGGCAUCAUGAUCUAAAGGGCUCGCCACCAUCCCAGGUUCUCCCUUCUUACAGUUUCCCAUCUUCAUGUUAUCCUUCCUGCUCCCAGGCUUCAUCUAUCUCCCCUUCUCCAUUUCAGUUUUAUUAAUGAUUGUGAAACUGGCUGCCUGGUGCAUCAGAAUGAGCCUUGGAUGCAAAGCCAGAGAACCCAGCUUCGUCUCUUGGCUGAAUAACCCUGGGACAAUUCCUUCUCCCUGGGCCUUAGAUGUAGUCUCUUCAGAAUGGGGGAGUGGGACUAGAUGCUCUCCCCAUUCUUUUCAGCUCCAGAGCUUAUCAUGCUGUGUCUUGACAUCUGUGGGGGCUCCCUGUAUGUGGAUGGAUGGAUUUCACCGUGUCAUUGACAAGUAAACACAAACCUUACCAGUAUCCCCUAGGUGUAGGGAAUUGUGUGACCCCCUUUCAAAGGCCUGUGGUGCUAAUACAUGACAAUAGCCCGGCUGCCAUGAACCGCUGGACAGGAAAAUGAAGUCCGUUGAACUUUAUCAAAGAGCCUUCCUUGAGACCUUGAUCAGAACCCUGAUCAGAGACCUCCAGGGCUUUAUCCCUUGGCUUCAGUACCUGUUCCUCUUCCACGGAUGCCCCUUCUUGAAUACUGAUUCUCCCCAACUUCCUCUUCAGAGAAAUUCCCUAGAGUGACAUAGUUCCCAGGAAGGCUGCCCCAUCUAGCUGGCAAGGCCCAUAAAGUGCGGGACUUGGAGCCAGGAAGACCUAAAUUCAAACCCUACUUUCUAGCUGUGAC